AUGGACGACUCAUCAGGGGUGGAUAUAUAUGAAGACCUAUCUUUAGAUAAAAUUUAUAAAAUGACAACACAGACUCUUCCUCUCAGUGACACCAAACCUGAGCCAGAGGAAGAGGACAGCAAAAUAGAUCUGUUUAUGGAAGCAUUAACAGUUCACACCAUAGACAAGGUGCAGAGUCAACUGUCAGAGCUCCAGAAAGAGAACCAGAAGCUGCGCUGUGAAAAUGCAGAAUUAAGAGAGAGCAAGAAACAACUUAGCAAAAAUAUAUCAUCUCUUUUCCUAACGGCUAAACAAGAGAUACUGAAAAAAGAUCAAGAGAUUGCAAAGCUUAUAAAUGAGAG